AAUCACAACCUUUCAAAUUUAGUUAUGCGUGACUUUUCGUAGUAUUAUAAUCUCCUCAAUAAACACAGUGAAUCAAUGUGAUCUUAGCUUAUCACUUCAACAUUAGCCUCUCGAACUCAGCCCACUUCUCACCGAUUUUUGUUUUCCUAACCACUUAACCACUUUCUUCAUAUCUUAACCAAUUCUUCUUUCCACGACGAACGUUCGAUUGUUUAUUAUUGUACACUUUCUUUGCUUCAAACAUGUCUCCUUGGGACACAAAGACGUCCUACGAGACGUAGAAAAUGCAGAAUUUCGGGUAUCAAUUGCACAUUUUAUCAAAGAUCUGAGGGUUGUCAGUUGACAAGCCUUGUUAGUUUGGUGGGUAGUAAUGUUAAGUUACAUGUGAACGUUAAAUGUACAAAAAUGCAGUACUGCUAAGAUACGUGAUAUUUAAGAGCCGUUUGUUUGUUUGUUUGUUUGUUUUCAUAAGCUCUUCAAUGCAGCAACUGCAAGUGGAUCGAACGAAAGAGCAUCUGAUCAAGCCUCAAACAGGUAAAUUGCUUGGGAAGGAUGAUGGCCUUGCAGAUGAUGUUAUUGCUCCUCUUGCCACAGGUGUGAUUGCUGAUAUCAACUGUGAAGUGGAUGCUGAACCAAGACAACCUCCAGGUAGCUCUCAGCGUCAACCAUCAACUAAUGAAGAUUUGACGUUAAACCUACAAGCUCAAGAAAUAGAAAAGAGUACCCAAUAUUUUUGUGGUAUUUGCCAGGAAAAUGUUCAGGUAAAUAAGUGCUGCAAAAAAGCAGCACACAAGGAGUGUUUGUACACAUCUGAGUUGGAUAUUACAAAUUGCAAAUGUUUUGAAAGAGAUAGGACUGUCAACCAGAGUGAUUUUCCUGCUGCUUCAACGUCAUCAUCUAAAAAACCUUCUAUGAAUGAUGAUGUUUCUGACACAUGGGAGAAUCUUCCUCUGCAGACUUUCCCACAUCACUCCGAGUUCUUGUCACUGGCUUGUGUGAUUUGUAAACGAGAAGAGAUCUUCGUGAAAGCACCGUGCUGUGAAGGCCACUACCACCCACAUUGCCUUAAUCAGUAUAGAGAAAACGGUUAUACAACCUGCAUGUACUGCCGGCGUCUCAUGCAGUUCUCAACGCAACUGAACGACCAAUCGAGAACACUAUGGGGUGGCAGAGGAAAUAGUGGUGGAGGAGAUGACAGUGGAAGCAAUGGUGGAGGAGGAGGAGGAGGAGGAGGACAUGAUGGUGAUGGGGAAGGCAACAGUGAAGGAGGGGAUGCUGGUGUGAGAGUGGAUGAUGAUGCUGUUGGAGAAAAUAAUUAUGGAGGAAGUGACAGUCAAGGAGGUGGUUAUGGUAGAGGAUGGAGUGACAACAUGGAAGGGGAUGAAGGUGGUGGAGUUGAUGAUGGCGGCGGUGGAGAUGAUGAUGGAGGUGGUGGAGAUGAUGAUGGAGGUGGUGGUAGUGGAAGAGAUUCACCGUUACCCCCUCCCUCUCCACCACCAUCACCUGUGUGGCUGUUGUCACCACCUCUUCAUCCACUGCCUUUGCCUCCUUUGCCACCAUUAGCUGAUAACAGAGACGACGAUGAAAAUUCUGAAGGAGGAGUUGAUGAUGAAGGCCGAAAUGAGAGUUCAGGUAACUUUUUUGAGUAUUUUAUUUUGAGACCCACAAAAAAUUACAGGCACGUUACUCGCUGUAUUGGCUCUUUCCAGCCAGUAGUUUAAAGUGUUAAAGUGGUACUGGUGUGUUGUUGAUGGGUGUGGUAACUAUGUUGAAGAAUGAAGCAUUCUUACGUUUCUUACUCAGAGUCUUUUCUCAACAAUGACUGCCUUGCAGCGUGGUUGCUUCAAGUAUGGGGGUGGAUCAGAAACACCCCUACUGACUUAAUGAUACCGAAAUCUGGAGAAGUUCUUGCGUUCUGGGCUAGUUGUGUGCUUUUGUUGACUUCUUCCAACCUCUAUCUGUCCCUAUCGUUUAAGCUCGAUUAGCAACCGCUGUUUAUGAAAUGAACCAGCGUACCUACCUUCAGUUUAGUAGAACAGUUUCGAAAUAUCGAGA